AGGGCUGGAUAGAAGAAGUCGAGAGUUGCUAAGGAAGUGCCGGCCAUGUAGAAUCAAAAUAAAGAGGCUACAGAAGAAUUUGCUUGACUGCUAUAGAAGACUAGGACAACCUACAGCUCUUUAUAUUAACCAGACAGAUGAAAUUCAGAGUCUGACAGUGCAACAGGCUCCAACAUUUGUAAACAUUGUUUCUGAUGAGACCUGGUUGGAGCAGUGCACAUUACCUCGGACUGAAGUGAAUUUAGGGGCUUCAUCUUCUUUUGUAGCUGCAUGCUCAAACCCUUGGGCAUCUACUUCAAGUCAGUUACCUAGAAAUACACUUUUUCAAGAUGGAGGAACUCUUAGACAACCAGAAAAUUGUUUACAGUAUGCAGGUUCUCAUAGAUAUGCUUUUACAUAUGGAGACAGGUUUCCUCAUGGUAGAGAAGAAAGUGAACAGCAGGCUGUUUAUCAGGUCUCUGAUAACUCUUUAUCUCAUCAACCUAAAGGAAGAUGGAAUCAAGACCUUCGAUUUCUAUAUCAGGAUACUGAUAGCAUAGCCAGAGUACAUGGAUCUCAUUCCCAUCAAAAGAAUUUACAAGAAAUAAAACCAGCAAAAAUGAAUUCUGUUCUACAAGACGUAUGUGAUGUUCAGACUAAAAGUAAAGAAAUGCCCAAGGCUUUAAGUGAUGAGUGGUGUAAUUCAAAUUCUGAAGUACAGGUAGUGAAAAUAUUUAAAAAUAAUGAAUCUAAAUUUAGCACUGACUCAAGAUUCCGAAGUACUAAUGUUCAUCCAGUUACCCAAACUGGAGUUAUGCAAACUGUUAGUUCAGGUGUUGUGUCCGUGCCUAAUAUAUUUGAAAAUAGUGAGGAUACUUUAUCUUUCAAUAGUGCAAGUGUUGGUAUUUCUAGAACUAAUACACCUAUUGAAAUAAUUGAUCUCUCAAGUGAUGAUGAUGAAUCUGGUAAGAGUAGAAGGCAGAAUGAAGCAGAUAAUGCACCCCAACAACUGAAUGGUUUAAAUUGUUACCCUCAUUCAGGUGCAAAAAUACCAUUUUCUUCCAAACAUUCCCUGCCAAAAAAUGGGAAUAGCCAUUGGUCGUCAAAACAAGAGUCCCACUUUGGAGCAGGACACCUAGGGGACUUGGCGAUCAAUGGCCAGCCUCCAAAUGUCCCGCCCAACUUAUCUGUUUCUCCCGUCCCAGAUAGUGCGUUCCUACCUUUAACUGCUCCACCUGCAAUUCCUGAUGAGUCAGGAAAGAAGCCCAGCAGCCGCAAACGGAAGCAUGAAAGCCUUACUGUUAAAGACAGAAAAAUCUUGAUAUUAGAUAAUUCUCAGAAAUAUGCCAAUUCAUGCCCAAACUCUAAAACAGAAUAUGAGAAAGUAAGGAAAGAAAAUCAAGGGGUCCAACAAAGCUCCCUAUUUAGAAUGUGCACACGAGAAGGCUUUCAUGAUAUUCACGGAGAAGCAGCAAUAGUUCCAGAGGUCUUGGAUGGAGAGUACAUCUUCAGACAUGAAAACUCAGUAGAUCAGGGAUCACAUGGAUUAAUAAUUGAUGAUGAAAUAAGCUUUAAACCCCCACUCCAUGUUGAUGAGGAUAUUUCAUUUAACAUUACUGAAAAACCUUUGGAUACUGAAGAAAGUGCCAGAUGGCAAAAAAGUAAUGUGGAGUUGGAAUGUGUCUCUAAAGGAAUUUUUGUAUCAAAGGAAGCUAAUAUGAAUUCUCAGGACAAGCAUGUACGGAGUGUAGAAACUCCUGUUGUUGGCUUUAUUAGUAAUAUUGUUAACACUGUUAACAAGGGUGUUGAAUUCUUUAAAGCUUUGGUUGGUAGCAGUAUGAAUGACAAAAUUUUAAAUGCUGAAGAUAAACAGGCAAAAUUAAAGUGUGAAAAUAUGUCCUCAAUGAAAGAUACACUAAAGGAAACACCUGAUGAAUGUGAGAGUAAUAUGACUGAGAAUGGAUGUAGAAAGAAAAUUGCAAGUGGAAGAAAAAAAUGUAGGGAAAUGGAUAAACUUCUUAAGGAUGAAUGUAGGGAACUCCAGCAAAGAGGGCUAGGAGAGCUAAGACAUCUAAAUAUUUCAGAAGCUAGAUUAACAAGGAGAUCUGUGGAAAGAUAUAUUCCAAAUAAAACAAAAAGUAAAAGAGCACAUGGGUUUAAGCAUUACAGCAUUAGAAACUCCCCAUACUUGAAUAGAAAAUUUAUAGAAAAAUCAACACAGAAAGCAUAUACAAGUGAUUCCAUAAAGAGAACCAACUUUCAUAGAAAGGAAACCACAGAUUUAUCCAAACUAGACCCACAUUCAGGUAAAAAAGAUAAUGUGCCUAAAGUAGACUUCUGUAUUCCCCUAUUGGAAGUUAAGUGCUUAUCAAAAAAUGCUGACAAAAAACUGUUUACAGAUAUUGUUGUACCAAGUGAAAUGAGAAAUAUUUCUUCUGUGAAUGUUGACAUUUUAGAUGAUUGUAUAGAUGAAAAUGGAAAUUCUCCAACAUAUUCAGAAACUAGAAUUGCUUUAGAUAAGGACAGGGACAAGGGCAGUGAAAUUUGUCAUUAUCCAAAGGAUGCUGUAGGUCAUAAAAUUUGUAUGGAUAAGGAAAAAAAAUUGCAAGGGGGUGAAAUAGACACACCAAAAUUAAAGACACUAGCACCAGAGACUAACCAUAAUAGAUAUAAAGGGGCAAGAGAGUUACUCAAUUUGGCAAAUGAUGAGUGGAAGGAAAUCUCAAAAAAGGGAUUUCACCCUCUCAGAAUUAUCAAACCUGCAUUAAUAAGGAAGGUAAUAGAAGUCGAGCAUAGGGAAAAGGGUCAAAAUACGCCAGGAAGAUCCAUUAUGCCAAAAGAAUUACAUAUGCUUGUCGAAAAUGAACUUCAGACAGGAUGUCAUUCAACAUAUAUACAAGGAUAUUUUGAGGGAGAACUCCAAACUGACUCUAAUUGUGCUCUUAAUUCUUGCCGGUAUAUCCAUUCUUCUGAUGUGAAGGCUGGUAACCUGGUAAGCAAACCAAAAAAGACUAAUAGUUGUAUGGGAGAAACAACAGAGGGACACACUGUGUUAUCAACUGAAGUACAAGAAACAGAACUUAGGAAAUUCUUGUUGAGUAAUACAAAACCUCUUAGUAUACACACUGAUGUAGCUUGGAAAUCUACACAGACUAAAGAAUCAGUUCCAUAUCAGUCAGAAUCUGUGGAUGAAAGAAGUACAGAUUAUUCAGCAAAAAAAUCAAAGACCAAGCCUUAUCUUAGUAGAGAGCUUAGUAAUCUCGCAGGAGAUGAGUGGAAAGAGAUGCAGGGGAAGGGCUUCCAUCCAUCACAUCUUUUAGGGAUGUACAGUGGAAAAUUAGGAUCUUGCAACUGUAUAACAGAUAAGGAAUACACUCCAAAAGUAAAAAGUCAGUACAUUGCCAAGGAAACAAAUAACUCACUAGAUGUAAAGCCAAAGCUAUCUCGUGAGCUUUUUCGUCUUUUAAAAGAUGAAUGCAAAGAACUCCAGCCAGCUAAGUUACGUGUGCAGAAAUCCAAGCCACGUUCAAAAAAAAAAUUGCAACCUUUUGGUCUCAAGAGACUUCAGGAAGCAUACAAAAGUGCUGAUAUAUCAACUAGGAGGCGGUCCAUGCUCCAGAAUGUUUCUAUAGCCUCUGCUUGCAGGCCAAGGGUAGAUUGCCACAAAAUAGGAAAAAAAUCAAUAGGAAUGACAGGUACAAAAACCCAACAGACUAGAAACACUCGCUCACAAACUAAUGUUUUAAGUAAGGUUGAAGCUUGCACUCCUCGGAGGUCACACAGAGAAAUUCUACAAACUGAGUUGGCCAUGUGUGUUUUGAAUUAUGAUCUUCCAGCCAUUCUUUGAUAUAUGUAUAUAUCUUGUAUAUUUUCCUUUGGACAAAGAUGAUCAACAUUCUUUUAGUUUCCUGAUAAUGUUUAUCAAAGAUUCAUUGCUUAUAUUUAUUUCCAGUUGAUGCAAGUUUCCCCUGUCUUAGUUAUAUGUUAAGAUUGGAGAACAACAGGAGGAAAUGUUGGAAGAUGCUAUCAUUUGAAUUUCUUCGUCUUUCUCACAGCAAAUUAAAUUUUUCAGGAUAAGAAGAAAGAAUACUUAAUAUCAAGAUUCUUUUUUACUUCAUCUUACCUUGUUCUCUUUUAAUUGUUUAUUUUAGCACUUCAUCAACCAGAUAUUCCUAUAUUCAGUAUUGAAUAUGCAUUCUGAAGUAAAUUAAUGUAAGCAGUAUUGGUACAUAAAUUAUUGGUAUUAAGGAUUGCUUUU